CCUCCGUUACUGUCCGCGUGCAGCUGUAGCUCACACGCACACAGAGAGACACUCACGUCAACAACUUCUCCUGCGUUCACACAGUGAACCGAUUAACCAGCGAAACUAACCAGCUAAACUAGUCGUUGGACUAAUAGAGGAAGUGAAGUUAGCCUCUGGUGCUGGCGGCUGCUGACGGUGAGUUGCUAACUAACUGCGGCUACCGGUGUGUCUCACUAAGUUGACGGACAGUACAUCAGUGGUCCCAUGAUGGAGGAGCUUCAUGACGUCCAGCUGACUGAGAUCAGACCACUGCUGACGGGGCAGAGUGGUAGAAAUCUUCAGGAUUUUGACUGUCAGGAGCACGAUGUGGAGACGGCCCACGGCGUCCUGCACGUCACCAUGAGAGGUGCCGUGAAGAGCAACCGACCCACAAUCCUCACCUACCAUGAUGUCGGACUGAACCACAAGUCGUGCUUCAACACCCUGUUCAACUACGAGGACAUGCAAGAGGUGACUCAGCAUUUCUCAGUUGUGCAUGUUGAUGCUCCAGGACAGCAGGAGAAUGCUCCAGUCUUCCCCACAGGGUACCAGUAUCCCUCCAUGGAUGAACUGGCUGAGAUGCUUCCGUCUGUCCUCACACAGCUACAUGUACAGACUGUGAUUGGGAUCGGUGUUGGAGCUGGAGCUUACGUCCUCACCAAACUGGCUCUGAAGAAGCCAAGUCUGGUGGAGGGUUUACUUCUGAUCAACAUCGACCCCUGUGCAAAGGGCUGGGUGGACUGGGCUGCCUCCAAGCUGAGCGGCUUCACAAGUAACCUGGUCGACAUCAUCAUGGGACACCACUUUAGCACUGAGGAGCUGACAGAGAAUCAGGAGAUCAUCCAGACGUACAGACUGCACGUGUCUCAGGAUAUUCCUCAAGAAAACCUGGCUCUGUUCUACAACAGCUACGAGAGUCGUGAAGAGUUACAGAUAGAGCGACCUGUUCCUGGUAUGAAUGAAAACACCGUCGUCACACUCAGGUGUCCUGCUCUGCUGGUGGUUGGAGACUCGUCACCUGCUGUUGAUGCAGUGGUGGAGUGUAACUCCAGACUGAACCCGACCAAAACUACACUGCUCAAGAUGGCGGACUGUGGAGGACUUCCUCAGGUGGUGCAGCCUGGAAAGCUCAUCGAGGCUUUCAAGUAUUUUGUUCAGGGGAUGAGCUACAUCCCUCAUGUUGUGUUAAACCACCUGAGCAGCCAAUCAGUGCCCUCAGUUGGUAUGACCCGGCUGGUUCGCUCCAGAACUCACUCAACCUCCAGUGUCAGCUCCACUGACGGCAGCCGGAGCCGCAGUAACACCAACUCACAGGCAGAGGGCGCCGCCUCUGACGUGACGCCACCGCUCAGCUCGUAGACGUCCAAGUAGGACGUUCUCCUCCUUCUUCUUCCUCCAUCUUAACUCCUCUCCUGCCGUUUCAGUCGUAAAACGUUCUUCCCGAACCUCGGCGGCCAUUUUGGCUCGGGUUUGCGUAGGACACUGAUGUGGUUGCUGUGGUAACGAUGUAGGAGUUAGUCCACAGUUGUUGUUUGUGUUUUGUUUUUUUUCUUCACUUCAGGCCUGAUCCUUUCUUCUUCUUUAUUAUUAAUGUGCUUUUAUUUUGAAGGAACAGUUUCACCAAAACACUUUUCUUUUUAUGUCGCUCACUCCUCUUCUUUCUCUCCCUGUCUUCUCUUAUCUUUUCCUACUUCCUUCCCCUCCCUCCUACUUUCUCCUGCUUCAGUUCUUCUCUCCCUCCUUAUUUGUCUACCUCUCCCUCCUUCCAAUUUUUUCUCUGCUUAUUUCCUUCUUCCUCUCCUCCUCUUCUUCACUCCAUGAUUAUAAAACUCUCAAACUUCUCGUUAAAACUAUUUGUUAAAUAUUGAACUAAUUCAUUUUCUUUGUAUUUAUUUAGUUUUUACAUCAAAGUCGAUAAAACUAAGAUCAAAGGAGCUGAUUAUUGGUUAUUAACUGUAACCAGCACUCACUCAUCACAGCUCUGCUGUAACUGUAAAUCUUGUCUCUUCCGUGGUUUCCAUGGUAACGACAGCAUGCUGCUCGUGGUGACAACUGUUCAGUGACUGUCGUCGUUCGUGUUAAACAGCAGCAGCUGAUGUCACUCCCUCAUCCCAGAGCCAAUCUCUGAGCUGUUAGUUUCCGUGAUGACAUUUAUUAUUGAUUAUAUCAGAUUGAUGAGCCGUGGUCAUGUGACGUCGCGCACAUGUGUGCUCAGAGAGGACGAUGCUGCCCCCUGCUGGACGACUUUAGGAACAGAGAAGGAAAUAAAGGUCGAUUUGACGUUUAUUCGAAAGCAAAAAAAAAAAGUUUUUUCCCCCGAAUCAUAAAAUGCUUGAGAAAUGUUUAAAUAUUUCUGCGUUUGAUUGUUUAGGAACUUUAACUGUAAAUCUGCUACUGCUCAGUAUUUAUUCAGACGUUUGUUGUUUUUGACUUUUAAUGGAAACAGUUUGUUAUGAAAUAAAGUUUGUGAUCUAUAA